AUGCUCUGUUUGAGCUGGGCACUUCUUGUGCUUGUUGCAGGAGAGACAACCACGGGAUUUCAUAAUUCAGAUUGCUCCACGAAACAAAUCCUGUGGAUAUAUUCUGUGAAGAGUGAGGAGUUCGUUUUAUUUUGUGAUUUACUAGAGCUGCAUUAUUUCUACAGAAGUCAACACUCACCAACACAAGGCCCUGACCACCCAGUCUGCAGUAGUAGCAAGGACCUAUCUGAUGUCCAGUGGUACAGGCAGCCUCAGAGUGGAGGUCCAUUUGAGGAAAUUUCUAGUGGGUCUCCUUACAUAAUUCAGGAUAAGAACAUCCUGGCCAUUUUGGCCCCACUGAUGAAUAAUACUGGGCCAUAUAUUUGCAGACCUAGGAUUAGAAGCCCCCAGGAUACCAGCUGUUGCAUUAAGAUUGUCUUAGAAGUUAAGGCUCAAACAAAUAUAUCCUGUGAGAACUCAGUACAACAUACACAAUACCUGCUUCUUGGUAGUGUUGGCACCAUUUAUUGUCCCAGUCUUAGCUGCCAGAGUGAUUCACAAAGUCCAGCUAUUACUUGGUACCAGAAUGGAAGACUUCUCCUUGAGGAAAAGAGCAAUCCAAUCAAAGUGGGUGAAAUUUAUGACUAUCAUCAGGGCACAUAUGUAUGUGAUUACAGCCAGUUAGACAAUGGGAGUUCAUGGAUGGUCAGAGAUGUUGUUCAUGUGAAAACCAUUGUGCCUGACACUGAAUCCAAACCAAACAUUCUGGAUCCCAUCAAGGACACAAUGGAAGUAGAGCUGGGGAGGCCUUUCACUCUUCCUUGCAAAGUACAAUUUGGCUUCCAACGGGACUUUAAGCCUGUGAUCAGGUGGUAUGUCAAAGAUUCUACCCAGCAGUGGGAAGUCCCAAUAUUUGAGGAGAAAAGACUUAAAUCCUCUUUCAAGGAUGAAGUCAUUGAACAUACUAUCUUCUUCAAAGAAGUCACUCAGCGAGAUCUUGGCAGAAAGUUUGUUUGCUUUGCCCAGAAUUCCAUUGGGAACACAACAUGGACUGUACAAUUGAGAGAGAAAAAGGGAGUGGUGUUCACGUAUAUCCUGCUUGGCACUGUUGUGACACUGGUGGGCAUGUUGGGGGCAGGCGCCAUCCUCUAUAUGUACUGGAUUGAAAUUGUGCUGCUGUACCGAACCUACCAUAAUAAGGAUGAGACUCUUACAGAUAAAAAGGAAUUUGAUGCUUUCAUAUCCUAUGCAAAAUGGAGCUCUUUUGGGAAUGAGGCCAUUUCAUUCCUGAGUGAGGAAUACUUGGCUCUGAAUUUGUUUCCUGAAAUUCUGGAAAACAAAUAUGGAUAUACCUUGUGUUUGCUUGAAAGAGAUGUGGUCCCUGGAGGAGCAUAUGCAGAAGACAUUGUGAGCAUCAUUAAGAAAAGCAGAAGAGGAAUAUUUAUUCUGAGUCCCAACUACAUCAAUGGACCCAGUGUCUUUGAACUACAAGCGGCAGUGAAUCUUGCCUUGGUUGAUCAAACACUUAAACUCAUUUUAAUUAAGUUCCAUUCUUUCAAAGAACCAGAAUCUCUACCGCAUGUUGUUAGAAAAGCUCUUCGGGUUCUUCCCACAAUUACUUGGAGAGGCUUAAAAUCCAUUCAUCCCAAUUCCAAGUUCUGGACCCAAAUGCAUUACCACAUGCCUGUGAAAAACCCCAAAAGAUUCAUGUGGAAUAAGCUCAGAGUUAUCCCAAAGGUUUUGUCAUUGGAAAGGACCAAGUAA